GUUCUGUUUAUUUGACUGUUUCAGCUGAAUUUCAUGCUGUAAUUUUUUUUAUGUGAGUUUGUUCAGUUUUUGUAAUCAUGCAAGCAUUAUGAAGAUGGUAAGAAAGGUCGAUGAUAGAAAUGGUAGGGAAAAAAAAUGAAGUAGGAAGAAAAUGUGUUACCCAGCUCUUAUUUGUACAGCCUGAGGUAGUUUGGUUAAAUUUGUUAUGAUAUUUCAGUAGUAUUGGUAGAAUUCUGGGCAGUGAUUAUCCAGGAGGUACAGGUUUACAGUUGCUAAUGAAUUGUGUUCUAUUGUUUUUUGUAAUGUGCUGCCGUUAAACUUGGGGACAUUUAAAACAAGAGGAGGUAGAGAAUAGAUCAGAAUGCGUGGUUAUUUUAUGGCAGAUACACAAGCACUGAAUAGGUGCCUUACAUUGCUGUCCUAAAAAGACCGACUUCUCUUUAAUUUAGCAUAUGUAUAAUGAAAGACUAUUAGGAAUUCUGUAGGAUUUCUUGAGGACUGGCUUAUCCCCUGAUUCUUGUUGUAUAAUCCUUUUUCUUUUGAAGCUUGGAUCUCUGAAUGAAAAUGCAUUUUUGACAACAGCUUGUGAGUUUCUUUAACAAGAUUUUUUAAUUAAAUCUUAUUGAUAGCUUUCAAGUAAUGCAUAAACAAGAGUAAUAACAGCUAUUAAGUAAGUAUGAGAUUGCUCUCUCUCUCAGCUCGGUAUUAUUUUAGUUGUGUUUUGCUAGUAUAAAUGUGGAUAAUUAAUCUAAAAUACCUAUUUAAGCUUCCAUAUGGUGUAGAAUUUCUGAAUUAGUGUGUUUAGCAGAUAUGUAGUGUCUGCAGUAUCUGUCAAAAAGCUUUAACAUCAGUGUAGUGAGAAAGGCUCAUAAAAAUAUUUAAAAGGAAUCAGAAACAGGUUUUUAUCCUUAAGUAUUUGGAAUGUUUGAAAGAAAAAUACAGUGACGUCUACUUCCUCGUUGUAGUGUUGCUGAUUGUAGGGCAUAUCUUGUUUUUGCUUGGUGGCUGAGGCUGAUUUAAGGCACCUGUAUAUACUGCUGUUACAUUAAGAAACUUACUGACUGCUUGAUUACUAAUGUGACUCAGUAUCCAUUUCUGGAAAGAUAUGCAGUUGGCUGUGUCAAGGUUUGGUAGUAUGUUUUCUUUAACAGCACUCUGCUUGCAAGUACUGUUAAAAAGCUUAAGAUCAGAGUUUGUUGCUGCCUUUCAAAGCUAGUUUCAGGGAAGCCUAAAGAUUGCACUGCUGCCAAAGGAAGCAAUCCUGAAUGGUGGCUACUUGCAGCUUACCUGUCGUGGUCCAGAUGUGGGGUUGUGUCAUGAGCCAUACUGCAAAAUCAUUUGUAUUGCAACUAAUCACGUGAUCUCUAUGUUUUCUGGUCUGGUUCACAGUGUGGCUGCUCAAAUACUUGUGCUGGCAUAAGGGAGAAAACCAUCAGGAAUGUGAGUUACUAGACAACUGCGGGGAUGGGACUGUUUCUUUACACGAGUAGUGCCAGCUUGUUCUGACUUAAUGUUGUCGAGCUACAGAAGCUUCCUUUGUAAUAGCCAGCUUUCUUCUGACACCGUGAUGAAAUGCUUGAGAGUUUAGCAUCGAUUUUCCCACAUUUAGUGCAGAAAGCAAGGGGAAAAGAAGCUCGAGUUGCCAGAACCACGCAGAUAACAGCAUUGGUGUUUUAGAUAUAGACCGUGUUUCUUGCAGUUGUGUUCCUUCUUUAAAUGCUCAGCAGUAGGCAUCUUGCAUCACAUUCUUCAUGCACAGCUUUGCAACCUCUAGGUCACCUGAGACUGGUCAAGAGAUAAGCUUAAUGCAGCCACGUAAGUGAGGCAGCUGGUCUUUUGAUUUGUGGAUUAAUGUUACUGCUUAGAAAUGUGAUGUGUAUAGCAUCUCUCUUUUUUGUUGUGUUGCCUGACAUGAUGUGACUUCAGACUGUGACAGUGGGGACAAGAGAGUCCCCAGGAAGAGGCUGCUGGUGAUGUAACUCUUUAUGUACCACUGUUUUUCAAAUUCUCUGUAAUAGAGAUCAAUCAACUAUUUUAAUUCUUGCACACUGUAAGAAUAUACGCAUUGCCAAACCUUUAUUUGAAAAAAAAAAAAGUCUAGACAGUGUUUUCAUUUCUGCUCCCAUGUGUGAAAGUUCUUUGGAAAAAGAUUUUUUGCAUGUCAAGCAUUUGUAACAGUUAAAUGGAAGCAAAACUGAAAGUAGUUGAGAUAUUCUGUUCAGUAUUUAAGGUUUUUUAUUCAACACUCUUGUUUUCAAGUAGUUGGCAAAAAGAGUAGCCAUGGUAUAUCCCAUGGGUGAUGCAAACACUUGUCUAAGUUAGGAUUCUGAUUUCAGUUAGCAGCAGCCAAUUGUUUUUAAAACUUGGAUGUAGAGAUAACAUCGAAAUAUAGUAAAUAUUGAUUUUAAAAUCUAGCACUGAACUUCAACCACUUAGCUGAAGUUUGUAUGAAUUUUUCUGUGUAAGAAUGCUCUAAUUAACCUUUGCUAGCUAAUGCCAUCUCACCUUUUGUCUAGACAAGAUCUGAAAUGGUCCGAUACACUACUGUGCUCCUUCAGAGACUCAUGCUUGCUGAUGAUGAGAAGUAAAAACUUUAACUUGUUAAAGCAUAUAUUUUGUAAAAAUUGGAAAUAUCUUGGUCACUACUAGUGAAUGGGAUUUGUGUUGCUGAAAGCAUAAACGGAGAAUUUUAAAAUAACUGAUUGAUUGACACAGACCUGUGGCUUGAGGUUAGUUUCAGAUGAGAUUAGUCUCUUUGGGGCCACACAGACUCAGUGCAACUGUGAUGGGGGAAAGUUAAAUGGGGCAAGAGUGACCAGUGAUAGGGAAAGAAGAAGUUUAUCUACUGGGAAAAAAUGGGUCGAUCUAACUCUAGAUCACAUUCUUCAAGAUCGAAGUCCAGAUCCCAGUCCAGCUCUAGAUCAAGAUCCAGGUCACACUCUAGAAAAAAGAGAUACAGUUCUAGGUCUCGUUCAAGGACAUACUCACGAUCUCGCAGCAGGGAUCGUGUUUAUUCUAGAGAUUAUCGCAGAGAUUACAGAAAUAAUAGAGGAAUGAGACGUCCCUAUGGUUACAGAGGAAGAGGUAGAGGGUAUUACCAAGGAGGAGGUGGUAGAUACCAUCGUGGAGGUUAUAGGCCUGUCUGGAACCGAAGACACUCCCGAAGCCCUAGGCGUGGCCGUUCACGUUCCAGAAGUCCAAAGCGAAGGUCUGUGUCUUCACAGAGGUCCCGGAGCAGAUCUCGUCGAUCUUACAGAUCUUCCAGGUCCCCAAGGUCCUCUUCAUCUCGUUCUUCAUCCCCAUACAGCAAAUCACCUGUCUCUUCCAAAAGACGUGGGUCUAUGGAAAAGCAGGCAAAGAAAACUGAAGGGGCUCCUUUGCAAGAUAGCCCUUUGAAAAAUAAAUCACAAGACGAACAGAAAGAUACGUUUGAACAUGACCCAUCAGAAUCUCUUGACGAUUUUAAUAAAUCAUCAGCAGCUUCUGGCGACAUUUGGCCUGGCCUUUCAGCGUAUGAUAACAGUCCAAGGUCACCCCACAGUCCUUCUAUUGCCACCCCGCCUAGUCAGAGUUCAUCUUGCUCUGAUGCCCCUUUGCUUAGUACAGCCCACUCAGCAAAGGACACACCUCAACAUUCCCAUUCCAUUCAGCAUAGUCCUGAGAGGUCUGGCUCUGGUUCCGUUGGAAAUGGUUCUAGCCGUUAUAGUCCAUCUCAGAAUAGCCCAUUGCAUCACAUCCCUUCGAGGAGAAGCCCUGCAAAGACAAUCCCUUCACAGAGUGCUCCCCGUGAGGAGCCUCGAACACGUUCGUUUUAUCCUGAGACUGGGGAACAGGAAACUGUAAAAGGUGGAAAGUUUCUGAAAAGGUACACAGAUGAAGAGUCUAGAGUAUACCUGCUUGAUAGGGGUAAUACCAGGGAGAAGGAGGCCCAGAAGGAGAGAGGAUCAGAAAAAGGGAGGACAGAGGGAGAAAGGGAAUGGGAGGAUCAGGAAACUUUAGACUUUUUCGUUGAUAAAGAGACUGGGAAAGAGAAGUUUAAUGACUCUGAAGGGGAGGACACAGAGGAGACAGAGGAUUACAGACAGUUCAGAAAGUCUGUCCUGGCAGAUCAGGGUAAAAAUUUUCCUACUGCAUCUCACCGGAAUGCUGAGGAGGAAGGAACCAAAUACAAAUCUAAAAUAACAAUGAAGGGCAAUAGAGAGAGCGAUGGAUUUAGAGAUGAGAAAAGUUAUAAGCCUAAAGAGACUGGCUAUAUAGCGGAAAGGCCUAGUACAACAAAAGAUAAGCACAAGGACGAAGACAAGAGUUCUGAGAGACUAAUGAUGAAGAAAGAAACUCAGUCACCUGAGCAGGUAAAGUCUGAAAAGCUCAAAGAACUCUUUGAUUACAGUCCCCCUCUACACAAGAAUCUGGAUGCGAGAGAAAAAUCCACCUUCAGAGAGGAGAGCCCACUUAGGAUCAAAAUGAUAGCCAGUGACUCCCAUCGUCCUGAAGUUAAACUCAAAAUGGCACCCGUACCUCUUGACGAUUCCAAUAGACCCGCUUCCUUGACUAAAGACAGGCUGCUUGCUAGCACACUUGUCCAUUCCGUCAAGAAGGAGCAAGAGUUCAGAUCCAUCUUUGACCACAUUAAGUUGCCACAGGCCAGCAAAAGCACGUCAGAGUCAUUUAUUCAGCAUAUAGUGUCCUUGGUUCAUCAUGUCAAAGAGCAAUACUUCAAGUCAGCUGGAAUGACCCUAAAUGAGAGGUUCACUGCAUAUCAAAAAGCAACUGAAGAGCACUGCACUCGGCAAAAGAGCCCAGAAAUACAUAGGAGGAUUGACAUCUCUCCAAGUGCCCUGAGGAAGCAUACCCGUUUAGCAGGUGAAGAGAGGGUCUUUAAAGAAGAAAGUCAAAAAGGAGAUAAAAAAUUAAGAUGUGAUUCUGCUGAUCUUCGGCAUGACAUUGACCGCCGUAGAAAAGAGCGAAGUAAAGAGCGAGGAGACUCAAAGGGCUCCAGGGAAUCCAGUGGGUCAAGAAAGCAGGAGAAAACUUCAAAAGAUUACAAGGAUUACAAAUCUUAUAAAGAUGACAGUAAGCAAAAAAGAGAGCAGGACCGUGCUAGAUCUUCUCCAUCUUCCUCUCCAUCUGCUUCUUCAUCCAGUUCUCGAGAAGAAAAGGAUUGCAAGAAAGAAAGAGAUGAAGAGUUCAAAACUCACCACGAACAGAAAGAAUACUCUGGUUUUGCAGGAGUCAGCAGGCCAAGAGGCACCUUUUUUCGAAUUAGGGGCAGAGGAAGAGCCAGAGGAGUCUUUGCUGGAACAAAUACUGGUCCCAGCAACUCAAAUACUACUUUUCAAAAGAGACCGAAGGAAGAGGAGUGGGAUCCUGAAUAUACCCCAAAAAGCAAGAAAUAUUUCUUGCAUGAUGACAGAGAUGAUGGUGUGGAUUAUUGGGCCAAACGAGGAAGGGGCCGUGGUACUUUCCAGCGUGGCAGAGGGCGUUUUAACUUCAAAAAGUCAGGUAGCAGUCCGAAGUGGACACAUGACAAAUACCAAGGGGACGGGAUUGUGGAAGAUGAAGAAGAAACGAUGGAGAACAACGAAGAAAAGGACAGACGCAAGGAGGAAAAGGAAUAACCCUGGAAGAAAGCUGAAAGAGCAGCUUUUGCACCACCCACACAACAUUUUUAAUAUGUUCUUUUUGUUGUCAAAUGAAUGUAAGCAUUUUACUUAAAUUUUACUGUUGGAAGUAGUUUAGAAGGAUUGUUUUUCUGUUUUAAGCCUUUAGGAAAAAAAAAUCUUGAUAUAGUAAACUAUGUUAAUGAUCGUACAGUUAGAAAGUAAAAUAUUUGUAACAACUUUUAAGAAAUUUUACUGUUUGUUAUAUGCAGUGUAAUUCUGCUUUGUCCAAAUACAUGGUCAAGUACAACUCUUAAAAGUUUUGAUUCUCCCCUAUGUCUGUGUUUUAUUCUGAAGUAAACUUCCAGCUCUGCACACCUGAAAUCUUGGAGGAGCAUUUUUUAUCAGCUGAUUGCUACUUCUUUGUUGCUUUUUUUAAUUAAAAACGUUUUUAAUUAUAGUUAUCCAGUCAUAAUGUGAAUACAAAGUCAUGUAUGAGGUUGGUUAUACAUUAGUUCACAAGAAUCACAUUUACAGGAGGUCUUGAAAUAAGUUGAUUCUUGAUUCUUCUUCUCAUGCUAGAGAGAGAAACUAAAAGAUUGUAACUGUCACUGUUCUCUAGUAGCCUGAGGAAUACAUACGUAUAUGAAUUCUUCAGUGAGUUUCAGGAUUAUUUCUCUUUUGGAAUGUGCAUUUUAGAAACCUGUCUCCAAACCACUGGUGCUAGAAACUCUGAACAGGUCUGAAAACUGGAGUGCUCUCUGCCAUUUCUACAGCUGAUACAAAACUCUACAGCUGUCUUAGUUCUGUAACUUGUGUCCAGAACAGGUUAGUCAUGUAUUAUGAAUACCUUGUGAUGUCUUCCAUCAUCAAAAGACACUUCCCUUGUCAAGGGUAACAUAGUACUAUGUUUGAGGUUUUUUAAACCUGUAGUUUAAAUCACUGCGAGAUAAAGGUGCUGUCCAUAAUUAGGGGUGGCAUUUUCAGGGUCAACAAGGAUUAUAGUUUCAGCUUUAAGACAGUAGCUUAAUCUUCCACAUUUUAGUUAAGAAACUGAUGGCAGUAUCAGUGCUGCAUUUAUAUCAGUCUUGAUUUCAAUUUGUUAAAUUGCCUCUUUACUUUUUUUAUAUGGAAUCCCCUCUUCAGGUAAGUGAUCUGGCAAGAGAAAGUCUUUAAGUUUUCUAUCACGUCAGCAGCCUUAAGUGAGAUCUUGGAGGGAAAACAAACACACACCAACCCAACACAUUCCCCUGAAAAUACAUAAAGCAAGUUACAUUAAAAUUUGAAUCAGUAAAAAUACUCGGGAUAUACUAAAUGAUUAUGUGAAGUAUUCUGUUACCAUGCCCUGGAAAUACAUGCUCUUAGUAUUCCACUUUAUCCAGUGUGUAAGUCUGAAGUUGUAACUUGAUAAAAGCUGUUAGCAGAGGGUGUGAGAAAUGAGUUAGUCUUUCACACUGAUUUUUCUGAAUAGUUGUGCCCUUUCAGUAUUGCAGUUAAAGCAUAGGAGUCAGUCUACAGUAUUUAAAAAAAAAAAGUGCUUUUAAAAUGAAAAUCUAUUUGUCCUAAAUACAUUGCUCUCCUACUAGCUUUGUUAGUGAUUAACCAUCUGACCUAUCCAUGCUAAAUAAUAGAAGGCAAAAAAAACAGCAUUCUAACUGUAUUUGAAGAAAAUGGAUUUCAGAUUGCACUGCUGUACCAGCAUCUGUGUAGAAAGGGAAAUAGGAUUAAUAUUUGCCCUUCAGUGGUAGGUACUAAAAGAUAAUUUCUGCCUUACAUUUUAGGAAGUUUAGGCAGACUACCCUUUUUGUAAAACCUGCUUUUGUGUGUACAGUGCAUCUUUUAAUAACCAUUUGAAAUGUGAACUGAUUAUUUUUCGAAGUAAAUCUUGCAUGUAACUUGUGCAUACUAAUUAGAAGCAAGAAAAUGAGCAGAACAAUAAACUGGUAUACAGUG